AUGUCCAGUGGCAAAGAGGCAGGUGGAAUUCACCCUUACCAGCAACAGCAACAUGCCCAGUACGUUGGACCAUACAGGCUGGAGAAGACCCUUGGCAAAGGACAGACAGGUUUGGUUAAACUAGGAGUUCACUGCAUAACAGGGCAAAAAGUGGCAAUAAAGAUUGUAAAUCGAGAAAAACUCUCAGAAUCUGUCUUAAUGAAGGUGGAAAGAGAGAUCGCUAUCCUCAAGCUGAUUGAACAUCCCCACGUUCUCAAGCUGCACGAUGUCUAUGAAAAUAAGAAAUAUUUAUACUUGGUGCUUGAACAUGUAUCCGGUGGAGAACUUUUUGACUAUUUAGUUAAAAAGGGCAGAUUAACUCCAAAGGAGGCUCGUAAAUUCUUCCGACAAAUCAUAUCAGCUCUUGAUUUCUGUCACAGCUAUUCCAUAUGCCACAGAGACUUGAAACCUGAAAAUUUAUUGUUAGAUGAAAAAAAUAACAUCCGGAUAGCAGAUUUCGGAAUGGCGUCACUGCAGGUCGGCGACAGUUUACUUGAGACCAGCUGUGGGUCUCCUCACUAUGCAUGUCCAGAGGUGAUCAAGGGAGAAAAGUAUGAUGGGCGCCGAGCAGAUGUAUGGAGCUGUGGAGUCAUUUUAUUUGCGCUUCUAGUGGGUGCGUUGCCGUUUGAUGAUGAUAACUUGCGCCAAUUACUAGAAAAAGUAAAGCGUGGGGUAUUUCAUAUGCCACAUUUCAUCCCGCCAGACUGUCAGAAUCUGCUGCGGGGUAUGAUAGAGGUGGAGCCAGAAAAGCGCCUCAGUUUAGACCAGAUACAGAAGCAUUCAUGGUACUUGGGAGGUAAAAAUGAGCCCGAACCGGAGCAACCCACGCCACGAAAAGUGUCUAUCAGAAGAAUUCACUCAGUUAGCGAGUUUGACCCUGAUGUGUUAGACAGCAUGCAUUCCUUAGGCUGCUUCAGAGACAAAACCAAACUAAAGCAGGAACUACAGAACGAUGAUGAAAACCAAGAGAAAAUGAUUUAUUACCUUCUUCUUGAUCGCAAGGAGAGAUAUCCUAGCUGUGAAGAUGAAGACCUUCCUCCUAGAAAUGAUAUAGACCCUCCGCGUAAACGGGUUGAUUCUCCAAUGUUGAACCGCCAUGGAAAACGCCGCCCUGAAAGAAAGUCUAUGGAAGUCUUGAGUGUGACUGACGGGGGAUCCCCUGUUCCUGCUCGACGAGCGAUUGAAAUGGCACAGCACAGCCAAAGGUCCAGAUCUGUCAGUGGUGCAUCAACUGGGUUAUCUUCUAGUCCUCUCAGCAGCCCAAGAAGUCCCGUUUUCACAUUCUCCCCCACACCGCUGGAAUCCGCUGAUGGGGAGGAUCCCCGUGCCAUCUGGCAGUCCAAAGCUGCUCACCGUCAGCCUGACCCGAAGACCCAGACACUGCCUGCUAAACCCAGCCUGGGAGAGAAGCCCCUUCACACCAUAAAAUCUAACCCCUUACCCAUUACCAUGACUGUUUCCUCCCCACCGCAUGACUCCUCAUCUUCACCUCAUCGAUCCCCCCUCUCCCCUCCUUUUUUCCCCUCCUCACUGCCCGCUCGUUUUUUCCCUGGUACUAAAUCCUCCACCAAAUCUAUCCCUUUGCCGCAGGUGACCCCUCACCCUUCUCCCCGAGGUAGUCCCCUCCCUACCCCGCUGGGCACCCCAGUGCAUACGCCCAAGGACAGCCCGACUGGGACACCCAGUGGUACCCCUCCCUCGAGUCCUGGUGUUGGUGGGGUGGCUUGGAAGACACGACUCAAUUCCAUUAAGAAUAGUUUCCUUGGUUCUCCUCGUUUUCAUCGUCGGAAAUUGCAAGUACCAACACCUGAGGAAAUGUCAAGUCUUACGCCUGAGUCCUCACCAGAGCUUGCAAAAAAGUCUUGGUUUGGAAAUUUCAUCAACCUAGAUAAAGAAGAACAGAUCUUCGUGGUCAUUAAAGACAAACCUCUUAGCUCUAUAAAAGCUGACAUUGUACACGCUUUCCUAUCAAUCCCAAGUUUAAGUCACAGUGUGAUUUCUCAAACCAGCUUCCGAGCAGAGUACAAGUCAUCAGGAGGACCAUCUGUGUUUCAGAAACCUGUCAAGUUUCAGGUGGACAUAAGCUACUCAGAGGGAGCAGAAGCACAGAAAGAAAAUGGGAUUUACUCAGUGACUUUCACUUUAAUAACAGGUCCAAGCCGCAGAUUUAAAAGAGUGGUAGAAACUAUUCAGGCACAGCUGUUGAGCACACAUGACCAGCCUUCAGUUCAAGCCUUGGCAGGAGCAAAUAUUACAACAAGAACCCAGAUGGAGUGUUCCUUGGAUCAUCUUAUCUUCUUGCCACCAGAUGAAAAGAACGGACAGCAAAGCCGGCCGCCAGGUACUCCAACCAGAAGUUGCCAGAACUCACGCCGCUCAGAGCCUGACAUGGCAGAACAUCACAGGAGAGGCUCCUCCAAGGACAAGAAACUUUUGGCUUCCAAUGGAACACAAACGCAACCAUGA